AAAGUAUAGCUGCCUGAAUAAUCACACGAUUAAUACACAGGAAAAACGCAAUUUAAUAGACAAUUUACGUUCUUUUUCUUCUUCACUUGUUUAUUCAUAGUUAAUAAAGACUCCAUUGAAAAAGAAACAUAAGAAACACUUUGUAAAUUGUAAGGCAAUUUGAAAAAAAUAUUUAUAAAUAAAGAGAUUCACGGAGUUUCACUGAAAAUAUUAGCUGCUAGCAUUCAAUCAACAUGGACUACAAUAUUUCAAUUAUGUUCAUAAUUUUACUUUCAACCUUUAAAGUGGGUGCAUCAUCAGACUGGAAUAUCAGGAACCUUCUUCAGCAAUACUUUACGUUGUGUGGCCGAAGUCACUUUUGCUUUAUGCAUGAUUUUCUCUUUCCAUGGACAACACAAGCUGAUAAUAUCCAGCACAACUGUCCGCCAUGUUCCUGUCAAAAAAAAUGCUGGUCAGAUUGCAACUGUUGUCCGGAUUUGUACUUCUCCUAUCCAGAGCCUAUCUGCACAUCUGCUGCCAUUCUAAAUGAAUCAUUAUACUACGACGGAAGUUCUACCUUUCUUGUGGUCGAUUCCUGUCCCAAAACUACAGUCGAAGAGACAAAACGGAAAUGUGAAGGUGAUUCGAGUUCUACCGAGAAAAUUCUCUUUCCUCCUGUGACCAGUCAGAACACCCCCCUGGCGUACCUUAACCGUUACUGUGCUGACUGCAAUAAUGAUUUCCAGUACGAUCCCUGGCCAUUAAGUAUUGUCUGUGACGAGUUCUUAGACAUAAACUUCUUUUCUUCGUACGAAGAAUUGAUAGAAAAGGGGAAAAUGAAUCGGUGUAACAUAUUGUCAUAUCCUCCGCAAGAAGAGAUCAACUACAAGUGUACACAAGAUAUGCAAGUACAAGUGCACUUUGACUCUUGCAAUAAAACCGGAAGCUGGAAAACAUUUGACUACGAUAUUAAAAGAGGUUGCGAAUCAAGGUAUAUCAAUAAGGACAAGAUGUAUAAAAACAUGUUCUGCAAAAUCUGCAACCCUCCUAUCUAUACAGAGAAUGUGAUUGGUCGAUGUAAUGUCACAGGUAAGUGGGAUGAAUACGAUCCAACACAUGAAGGAGCAUGUCUAAGCAAUGACACUAACCCGGGUUCAAUUCCGUAUAAAAAUGUAUUCUGUUUUUCAUGCAAUAAACCUGUACGAUUCAAGUCAAAUUUUCUUGAUGUCGACGCAGAAAUAAAGACAAAAAUUGGUGAUAUUACAAAUACCGAAGUAUCUACAACCUUUCAUUAUGAAAUAAACAUUUUUAACUUUGAUGAGGACUUCUUCCAAACUAAAAUCAAUGGUGAGCAAGCGGAUUUUAAGGAGAGGUCUAACGAAACCACAAAAGAUGCAGUUACCCAGUCUCCAAACAUAACAAACCUUGUAUUCAAAAGAAUUUCUCUAGAAGGUAACAUGAACACUUGUGGAAACUAUGGUAUUCCAAACCUGUUUUCUUCUUUCGAAAGUGAUUGUUCAUGUGACCCAAAAUGCAUUUUUACUGAUGGUCUUUACGGAUCUCAGAGGUGUUGUGCUGAUGUCCCUCUAAGAAAUCCCUCGGUUUGUCUGAGUGAAAAGAAAUUAUCGAGGAAAGAGGCACAACGGAACGCAGAAGAACUUCUGGUUACAAGUGGGUGCUAUGGAAGAAAAGAAAUACCAGAAUUUAUUGUAAGAGGAUGUCAUCAACAAUUUGAAGAUGUUUUUUCAAUGCACCCUGUCACAGAUCAAUCUGAUAUCCCGUAUCUAAAUAUGUAUUGUUUACAAUGCAACCAGUUUCCAUCAACCAAACUAGUAUGGCACAAACCAUGGGACAUCACAGCAGAUUGUUCCUUCUAUAUAGACAUGUCCAAUUUCUUACUUUUUUUGGAUUUUCUAAAUGCAUUACAAGCUGCAGGAUGUGAAUCAUAUUAUCACCCUCCUCGUUCAGUGACUUCUUGUCAAAAUAGCAAGGGUAAAACGUGUUUCCGGAAAUCUGACAACAUAAUAGACAAAUGUAACAAAACAGGAAACUGGCCACAUAAAGAUCCGGAUAUUCUCUGGGCAUGUGAAUUGAUGCCACCUGGUUCCUUGCCUUUGUGGCACGAGAAUGACAAUGGUCAACUGACAGCUUAUAAAAAUGUUUAUUGUGCGUUAUGCAAUCCCCUGGAAUGGUCUGAUGCCUUUGUUGACAACUGUUCCUCUGGAGUCAGUGAAAUCAGCCUUAAAAAGUGCAACUUUUCCCCCAAAAUCUAUUUUACAUAUCCUUACAAGAAUACCUUUUGUGAAAUUUGUACAAAUGAAUCUCUGAAAAUUAAAACAGACUCUAGCAAAAUUUGCUACGGAUCCGAACACCCAGAAGUAUCCGAGAGAAAAGACUUUCUUUUGCGAUAUUAUUUCUCACCGUUCAGACCUGUUAUGAAAUCCUUAAAUUAUUUAUAUAAAUAUCCGAACGACAAUUACAGCCCCGAAGAAGCCAGUGAACGUCAAUGUAGGGAAGCACAAAACUCAUUGAUGGGAGGCUGCAGAAACGUCACAUGUUAUCCUGGAAAAACUCUGAAUCUUGGUCAGUCUUGUUUGCCACUAUUUAGAGAAGCACGAAAUCUCCGGUACCGUAUGGAUGCCUAUUUCAACUGCUCUACUCAGUUUAACACUUCUAUUGGGGAUAUCUUGACACAUAUUCAUCGAUUUACAUUCUCUAAAUUGCAAUCUCUCUUUGGACAAAAUUCUGUGAGAGAACUGAUAACGGACAUUAAUUUACCUUGUAAUAGAGAAACUCUUCUGGAAAAUUAUUUUCAAUUGCAUUUGAGUUUCAAAUUAUUUUUUGAAAAUCCAGUCCAGAGACUUCAAACAGAAUUAGAUCUCUUGUAUAUCAAGCACAAUUUCAGCAUUCCCGGUUUCAUCAUGAUUUCAAAUGUACCUUCCCCCGAAUCUAACUGGUCUUGUUCCUUUAGCUACGUCAAUACUUCUUAUGAUUGGGCUAAAUAUCGUGAAGUUCGAGUGAGCAAGCUUUUAGUUUGCGCUCAAAUAGAGUUUAGUCCACAAGAAUUUGAAAUUUAUAAAACUGGAGAGAAUAACAAUAUUCUUCUAAAAAUGUACAACAUAACUUUAGAGGAUGACGAUUUUGAUAUUUUGCCCGAAGGCCCAGCAAGAGUAUGUGUCUCUACGUUGCGUCAGAUUUAUGAUGACACAAGAACGACUUACAAAUCUACUCUGAAGGAGAUUUCACAGGAUUCCACUAUAGAAUUUGCCUUCCAGACGCUGUCCUGUAUUUUUCUAUUGAUUACGUUUUGCACCUACUGUAUCUUCCAGGAGCUCCGGACAUUGCCAGGAGGAACUAUUAUGAUUCUUAUUGCUGUUUUGUUCGCGACAGACGUUUUCAUCCUUAUACGCAAAGGUAAUGAGGUCAAUACUAAGGGAUGUUUUGUAUAUGGAAUAAUUACCCACUACCUGUGGCUUAGUUCAUUCUUUUCUAUGAACAUAUGUAGCUUUCAUUUGUAUCGAGUAUUCCACUCAAAAUUUGCUCUGCACAACCAAGCUAACAAAUGGUGCAUCUUGGGUAAAUAUUCAGUUUAUAUCUUUGUUACCCCGAUGGUGGUUGUUUCAAGCAACAUAGCAGUGUCGGUGGCAAAACAUAAUGAUAUCGGAUACGGAAAAGUAAAAUGCUUUAUAGAUGAAAGCCUACACUUGAUCGUAUCUUUCCUCCUUCCUGUUGGGUUGCUGUGUACAGUGAACUUAAUUUUCUUUAUCAAAACCUUGUCCACAAUAAUUCGAUCCCCCAAAGUCCGCAAGAAUAAAGCAACGACAAAUGAGUUCUCCAUAUUUGCGCGCUUACUCACAAUAACCGGAGCAACAUGGUUGUUACAGAUUCUGGACGGCUUUCUAGAAGAUUCGGGGUUCUCCGAUGUGGUUGGCGCAAUUAACAGUCUACAAGGUGUAUUUAUUUUCAUUGCAUUCAUGUGCAGUAAGAGGACGCUUCAAUUAUAUAGAAAAUUAAUUUUACGACGUAGAAAGAAAGAGGGUUCAGCAACACAUGUUACCAGAAGUACCGAAGAAACUCGUAUCAAAUAGGGAAAUUCGGUGCGAGACAUUUUAAAAGUGCUGUAUUUAUUCUACGCAUAAGGUAACUUCCUCUCUUUGAUACCCCUAGAAUACAUGUACAAAGUAGCAUCCUAAUACAGAACCUAACAACUCGGCCUUAUGAUGGAGCCUCAGAGCCAAUUUUGAUUACAGUGUCUUGCAAAUCUGAAAAAUUAUUACAAUGUUCAAGCUAAUAAGUGUAACAUUAUCAAAAGUAAGACAAAAUAAAUAUUAAAAUGCUCACUGGAAUCUGUUUUAAAUUUCAAU